GCAUGCGCGAGCAAGGCCGCGGGCUGAGGCAUGGGGGUGGCGCUGAGGCGCCUGCGCGGCCGCGGGGGCGGUGCUUCCGGUCGGCGGAGGCGGGGCCCGGCGCACGCUGGGGGCGGAACCUGGACCGCGACCCGACCCCGACCCGGGCCGCGACCCCCACCCGGGCCCACCGGAAUGGCCCGGCACGUGUUCCUCACGGGGCCCCCAGGAGUUGGGAAAACAACAUUGAUCCAGAAAGCCAGUGAGGUUUUAAAAUCCUCCGGUGUGCCUAUUGAUGGAUUUUACACAGAAGAAGUCAGACAGGCAGGGAGAAGAAUAGGAUUCGACGUUGUCACCUUAUCCGGCACGCGGGGAGUUUUGUCUAGAAUUGGCUCGGAGCCUCCACCUGGAAAACGCGAGUGCCGAGUUGGGCAGUAUGUGGUGGAUCUGACUUCCUUCGAGCAGUUGGCACUUCCGGUCUUGAGGAACGCAGGUUCCGGCAGCGGCCCGGGGCAGAGAGUGUGUGUCAUCGAUGAGAUUGGGAAAAUGGAGCUCUUCAGUCAGCCUUUCAUCCAGGCUGUCCGUCAGACGCUGUCCACGCCAGGGACCGUAGUUCUGGGCACAAUCCCGAUGCCUAAAGGGAAGCCGCUGGCCCUCGUGGAAGAGAUAAGAAACAGGAACGACGUUCAGGUGUUCAGUGUCACCAAGGAGAAUAGGAACCGCCUUCUGCCAGAUAUCGUGACGUGUGUGCAGAGCGGCAGGCAGUGAAGACGGCUCGCGUCCCUGCUUCUUGCGCUUGAAGAGGUGUGCUGGUUCACGCGGAGCCUUCUCGGGGCCCUGCCUGGCAAGGACUUAGGCCUUCCGGCUUCGGAAGCCUUGUGGGUUUUUCCGGAGAAAGCCUGACAGCUGUUCUCCAAAAAAUGUUUAAAAGAUCAGUUAGCCUUAAUGCCCGACCUGCGCUCCACGAUGAGCAGUUCGCCGCGGCUUAUUUACGCGUUACGCGUAUGAUUCUGGUAAAUUAUGGAAUGAGAAAUGGCUUUCGGAGUAUUAGAUGGAACUCGCCCCCACUGAAGUUCAUAAGCGUGUUCCGGGGAAGGGGGAGAGGAGCGGCCACUACCUAACUGAUUUUGCACGUCCUGAACUCAGACCCCGCUCCAGUUGGAGCUGUGGUUUCAAGGGACACUAGUUACUUGGUUUGUAAAAAUAGUUCAGGGAAAGGCCAGUUUCGGUCCUCCCCGCCCAUCUCAUCGUCUGUUUGCUUAUUGCUUAAUAAAAUAAAAAUAAAUGUGUUGGUGCAAACGCGUGA